AACCCGUCUACUCCUCAAAUAAUUACUCACAACAAUGUCGCCUCCAUCACGAAUUCUAACUACCUGGCUUCUAGACUUUUAAAGGAAAUGGGUGGACUAACAAGGCAACCAUUUACUCAAUACCUUGACCACUGCUGCCUUCUUAGACGUCCAGGACGCCAAUGUCAUAGUUUUGGACUGGAAAAAUGUCACUGGCAUGGACUAUAUAUCAGCCGUUUCUCGUGUGCCGGACGUUGGUCAAUAUCUUGGUGCCUUUUUGACCUGGCUCAUCAAUAGUGCUGGUAGGAAUUGGAAUAAUGUCCACUUAGUUAGGUAUAGCCUGGGAGCUCACGUCGCUGGUAGCGCUGGGAGGGCUGCUGGUGGAUCCCCUUCGAGGAUUACUGGUGCGUAUAGGAUAACUAUCACUUUUAUCCAUCAUUAUUUAUUUAACUUUAUUUGCCAUACACACAGAUCGGACUUUUAUCCCAACGGAGGCCAAAACUCCAUGCCCGGCUGCUCCAGUAGUGGCUGUUCCCAUGCUCGGUCUUGCGAAUACUUUGCCGCGUCCGGUAUAACCACUUUGUUGGGAGGUCUGGGAGGUCUUGUCAGAACCUCAACGAAGCUGGCGCCAAUCAAUACACAGGCGCUGCUUUCAAUAUGGGCAAUGGAAUUUUGUCUAAACGCUACCCGCGUUUACAUGUAUAUUUAGAAUGUAUGUUAUUUACACUAUUUAUAAUAAAAAAAAUCAUAAUAUAUUUUGGUGAUAGUUCUAAUUUAUAUACAUUUGUUUAAAACCAAUAAUGUAUUUACACAAUUUGUCGAUUA